CAGAGCGUAAGCUAAUAUUGCAAUGCGAUUUUACUUGUUUUGAACAACAAUUACUAUGCGCUAGUUAUGUGCCCAAAAUGUUUAUUGCUUUGGUAGUAAUUGCCAUAACACUGAGCCAAUGCACAGCAACCGCUACAAUUCACAUGCCCGUGACCACACAGGAUAUAAUCGCAGGUGACGUGUUCUUUGAAAUCAUCUCGCCGCAAGAUCUUGAAUACACCUAUCGACUGAGACCGGCAAAAGACUUUGGUGUCUCGUUCAACCAGAAGCUAGAGAGUGUGCCACUAGUGUUAGCCGAUCCACCAGGCGCUUGCCAGAAAUUGCGCAAUGGUCGUGAGAUGCUCGGCAGCAUUGCGCUCAUGGACAGAGGUGAGUGCUCGUUUCUUACGAAAACGUUGCAUGCCGAAGCCGCCGGCGCAAUUGGCGCCAUCAUCACUGAGUACAACUCCAAUUCGCCGGAGUUUGAGCACUACAUCGAGAUGAUACACGACAAGUCAAACCGCGAUGCACAGAUACCUGCCGGCUUUCUAUUGGGACGCAAUGGCCUGAUUAUACGCAGCACAUUGCAACGACUUAAGCGUGUGCACGCUCUAAUCAACAUACCUGUGAACCUGACCUUCACCCCGCCAUCCAAAAUCAACCAUCCGCCUUGGCUGGGCUGGUGAGAGACUGUGGCAAGAGAAUGUUUCCUUCAAAGAGAACCAAAGUGCAUACUUAGUCAGAGCGCUUUAAUUGAUCUUUAAGCACUGCUCCGUAUUAUGUUAGUCGUCUAUAUAAGCUGCAAACCUUAGUUAAACGUGGGUAAGCAAAAAGUCUUAGGGCAGCUAAAGCUGUUUGUCAUUUUUAUAAAUUUAAUAAUUGAACUGCAUUGUUAGCACAUUUAAUUUUGUUGUUGUCUAAGCAUAUAUUUAAUUGGUAUUAUUUUUCAAGAAAUGUAAAUUGUAAUUGGGAGUAAUGGUUUGCAGCUGCUAGGAACAGGAAAAAAAAAAACAAAACUGUAACUGAACUGAAUUUAAGUAGUUAAAUUAUAAACAAAUGAAACAAAAGCGAUUCCAAAACGAAAGCAACAACUGCUAUUUAAUUUGGUAUUAAUUAUUAAACAAUUAACUGUAGCAUAAACAUAAACACACAAAUAGGUUCACAAUACACACACAGAUCUAUAACUAAACAGCUUAGCUAAAACACAAAUCAAGCCAAGAAUUGUAAAUAAAAGAAAACUAAAUCA